AUGGCGCUGCGCACACUCACCCGCGGCCGCAUCGCCUGCACCAACAGCGUCCACGAGCUCGACAUCCUUGACACUCUUACCGACGAUUGGGAUCUCGAAGACCCACACCUCAGCAGUUCCGCGCUUGACCUUCAUUUGCAAUGCGAGUUCGCCGCGAAAGAUGCGUCCGCAAUCCACGACAUUCUCAUGGGCUUCAUCACCAAUGGAAACUACGCGGACUGGUUGUGUCAGGAAUUGGCGUUGCGCCAGGAGAAUGCUGUUGCGGCGGUAAAGAAGGUGGUGGAGUUGGUGAGGGAGCUGCAGGUGGGCUACAUGCCGGAGAUGGGAAUUGGACUCAAUGAGCUGAAGAAGAGGGCGGAGCAUGUGUUGGUUCAGCUGCAGGGCUUGAAUGGUAUCUUUCAGCAGUUGCAGACGGAUAUUCAGAUGGCGAUGGCGGAACAGGCGCAGAAGCAGAGGGACGCGGAGGUGCAGGAAGAGGUCGAUGCGCAGUUGGAGAAGGGUGUAUGA